AAAUCGUAAUUAAUAAAAGAUGUACCUACUAUUAAUAAGUUUUUGUUUGUCGUAAGUAGAAAUAUGUUCAACCAAAGCGUCCUGGAAGUUUUAAACCUAUUAGAACCUACAUUCAUCCAAUAAUAAAAAUGGAUACAAAUACAGUUUACAAGACUUCAUUUCAAUCUUUUGAUUCUAUCGUUAAAAAACCAUUUCCAAUAUUGCCCUUAUCUCAGAUGCAAAAGAGCAACGAGAGUCUUUCCAAAGAUACAGUGACGAAGUUGUCUUUUCCUGGCUACUACAACUGUGAAAAACGUCAAGCAAUCUAUCCUAAUCCAUCAAGCCUUUUAGGCUCAGGGUCUAUGAAAACAAUAACUACACAAAAACACGAUUACAUUUUUAAAACAUCUAAUAAACGGUAUCCAAUUUUACCUCAGUCAAAUUUAAUAACCGAAAAUGGACCUAUGGAAAGUAACACGGUGCAAAAGCUUUCGUUUCCUGCACCAGAAUAUAAUGGCCCCCCAAAGUCCUUUAAACGAAUUAUUAAAUAUGUAAAACCUGAAAUAAAAAUGGAGAGCAAUACAGUAAACAAAUUAUCUUAUCUUCCUUUCAAUGCUUAUAAACGAACUACACCUCCAUGGGCAAAGAAAAAACUUUAUCAAAAACCAAAUGAGAGUAUGUCCAGCGAUACUACUUAUAAACUAAGCUUUAUUUCAAAUUUCAACAAGGGCUCUCCACCUAGAAUGAUUUUACCAAUUAACAAUUUAUCGAUCAAUAAAGAAAACGUAACUGACAAUUAUGAUACAAUAUAUAAAAACAGCUAUAUUUUUAAUGGCAUUCCUCCUAAAAUAUGUCCAAUAUUACCCAAACAAAACUUAGAAUCAUACGGCAACACAUUACUAAAGUCAAAAACAAUUUAUGAGCUUUCAUUUCCUAUGCAUUUUUCAUACGAAAAACGAAAACCAAUUUUACCCCGUCAAGUGAAGCUAUCAGGAAAAGGACCAAUCCAAACAUUAACAAGCCAUAGACAUGAUUUUAGCAGUAAACCUCUAAUAAAACUUGAGCCCAUAAUACCAAAAAAUUCGAUUGAACUGCCAAAGAGUCCUUUUGAAAAAAAUACUACCAUGAGGCUAUCUUAUCAAAGAAAUAACCCAGAAUGUUAUUCUAUGUUGAAGUCAUUUAAGCCGAUACAACAAUACGAAAAACCUCAAAUGGUCAUGGACAGCUUAACAACACAAAAACUGUCAUUUUUACCUUUGAGUAUAGCACAAAAACAAAAAAAAGAUUGGAAACCAAAAACUCAUAUUGAAGUUCCUAAUGACAAAAUGGAUUGUCAAACUACACAACAAGUUUCGUUUAUUGAGCCAGGAUAUUAUAUUAAGGAUUAUAACUGUCCUUGUAUGAAAUACGAAGAAGAUAACGAUUCCAAGGCUGUUUGUGAAAAUUGAAUUAAUUGUUACGAACAAUUCAGAGUUUAAUUAUGUUGGCAUAUAUUUA